CUUGGUCGCGCUUGCAACGAAUCUACGAAUCUUUUACGCUUAGCUAACGUGCGGAGAUCACAGCAUAACUAAUGCUGCUGCGCUGUUAAUCUUGUGGGGAAUAAAAGAAAAAAUGUAUUGAAACUCGUCUGGUUUGCCGGUGAAAUUUAUGUUGUUGUAAAAUUACAAGAAUUAUGCAUAAUUUAUGUGUGAACAUGUGUGCGCGGCAAUGCUUUUGAACGCUCAGCGAUAAAAAUGUAUUUCUGAAUAGAUAAACGAUACGAACGAGUGUGCUGUUGUGUGUAUGUGCGCCUGCGCGUCAAGCAGAAUGUCUGGCGAGUGACCAAGAAGUGUCGCUUUGAAGGCGGUCAAGACACUAAAACGUCCAUUUAUACCGCUAAAUGUGACCUAAAACUUCUAUAAAAAAAAAUUAUAAUAAAUAAAUAAAAAAAAUUGUAUUUAGAUAAAAGCCACAUGAAUUCUAAACCACGCACAAUAUUUGGCUUUUUGUAUGAAUUUUUAUGAAAAAAAAAAAUUUUGAAAAAAAUUUCACUGCUAUUCUUAAGAAGCAAAAAAAUAACGGUAUUAGCGCGCAUAAAUUAUAAACGUUCGAAAAUAACAAUACUCGCACGCCCAUUUACAAUAUAACUGUAAUCACAGCUACCCAAGUGAAGGCCCAAAAUUUUACGUCUCCCAUUAAAUUGAUUGCUGCUGAUACAUUGUCAACAAGCGUGGACUAUAUACAAGCAGCAAAAACACCAGCACCAACAACAACAAUCACAAUAAUAUUAACAACAACGAUAUAUUGUUGAUACUUUGUUGUGGAAAAUUAUAAGCUUCGCUGCGGCAUAAAUCCCCAAUGGAUUGGUCACGGCGGAAUUAUGUGUUCGCUCUGCUGGCGCAUACAUUGACACUGGCGACAUUGUUACCAUUUGCACACUGUUGGAGUGCAACAACAACAACAUUGAACGCAGCUGGUGGCAAGACAGGUGUUGGUGGUGUUGGCGCUGGUGGUGCAGCAAGAGCACAGAGCGCGAAUGAAGUAUCGCCAUAUAUAGAUUUAAUGUUAUGCCCGUUGCGGGAACAGUCAUGGAGUUGUGCGCGGCAACAAUCUGGACGAAUACUGGAUUUAUGGGAUGGUGAAUUGAGUAUGCAAUGGCAGAAGUUGAAAGUGGAAGCCGAUCGUCAGCUCAACGCGACCAUUGAAAAGCGUGGCUACAGCGCAUCCGAAACGCUCACAAAGGAGAAACCGUCCACGAUUUUGAAGAAAAUCGAAAUUGGCACGAGUUACAUGAAAAAGUAUUUGGCGGAGACUAUGGAUGGCUUCUUGGGGCGCGAGUACGACUAUGUGCAAACGGCUCCGAAACAAAACUUCAACAACGAAAACAAUCAAGUUGAAGAGGUUGAAGAGGCAGAGGAAGAGGAAGAGGAAGAGGGGGAGGAGGAGGAGGAAGAGGAAACCGAUAAUGAUGAAGCAGGAGAAGAGGAUGAUGAUGAGGAAGAGGAUGGUGUGGAGCAUACCGAAAACGCACAAAAUGACGAAGACGACACACAGCAACACAUCGUCACCUUUCAACGACGCCCCGUGAGUGUACACAACCCACAGCAGCACAGCGAUGUGGCGCCCCUAAUCGGCACCGCGCCUGGUUUUGCCAACCAACACAAUUCAGCGGAUGUCGAAUUUAUAGAGAUCGAAGACAAUGAGCAAGAGAACACGCCACCAGGGCAAUUAAAGGGCGGCGGCGGUGGGCAUGGUGGCGGUAAUAAGAAGAGACGCAAAAAUAAACGUAAGAAGAAGCCAGAAACACUGUUAGUCGUACAACCGGCAGAAUUAGAAUUACAUGGUCAUGGCGGGCAUGGACAUCAUCAGCAGGAAGCUAUCGAAUGGGUGCCCGUCACACAUAGUAAACCGGCGAAAACGAAACCAAAACGCAAGAAGAAGAAGAAGCAUCAAUAUACAAACGAUGAGAGCGUUGUUGUGGUUGAACACGAACCAUCGGAUCACUUGGGCCUGGGACUGCUGGAGGAGCUAGCAGAUGCAGUCGAUGUAGGGGAUGGUGGUCAUAAGCGCAAGCAUAAGAAACCAACAAAAUAUGGUAGAAGCGUUGGAGUAACGCGUGGCAAGAAGAAGAAGAAGAAGAAGGCACUCGCUAAACUGGUGUUGUUGGGCUCUUUCUUGAAGGCGAAAAUCGAGUUGUUACUGAAAAUUUUGGGAGCGCAUUUACAAAUCAAAUUCUUCGCCAUCGCUUUAAUUGGUCUGCUGAUAAAUAUUGCGAGAUUUUGGAUUGAUGUCAAGCGCGGUGGCGCGCCCCAAAAGGUUGUCUAUGUUGAACAUGCACACCAUCAGCACCACUAUGAGGACCAUGGCGAUGAUUGGGGUGGCGAGUCGGGCGGCAGCUAUUGGAAGCGUUCACUGCAAACGGAUCCCACUGUAGAGGAGGCGGCAACCGAUAGCUAUCAGCCGGUGGGCCAAAGCUCAGAUCCACACUAUCUGGCAUAUCACGGACAGUGGCAGUGAGUGAAGCCAUCUGGGCAUCUGAUAAGAAGACAUUUUAAAUGCACAAAAAUAUUUUCGUUCAAAUUUUCAAUGCAAAAGUUGUUUUUUUAUUUUCCAAAUAUU